AUGGGCAGAGACUUCAGAGGAGGAAGAGGAGAUACACGAGGAGGUGGUAGAGGAGGAGAUCGAGGAAGAGGAGCUCCUAGAGGCAGAGGAGGAAGAGGCGGAAGAGGAGGUCAUAUGGGUGGAGCUCCAAAAGCGUUCGUAGUUCCUCAUCCAAGAUUGGCUGGAGUGUUUGUGGCUAAGGGAUAAUAGGAGGCCUUGGUUACUAAGAACAUGGUUCCAGGAGAGUCAGUUUAUAAUGAAAAGAGGAUUUCUGUUGAAGACAAAUAAACAGGAGAGAAAGUAGAAUAUAGAGUUUGGAAUCCAUUCAGAUCAAAGAUUGCUGCUGGAGUGAUAGGAGGAGUGAGUGAUAUUUUCAUUAAGCCUGGAGCUAAGGUUUUGUAUUUGGGAGCUGCAUCAGGAACUACAGUUUCUCAUGUGUCAGACAUUAUAGGAUCAGAAGGUGUCGUAUAUGCUGUAGAGUUCUCUCAUAGAUCAGGCAGAGAUCUCGUUAAUAUGGCUAAGAAGCGAACUAACAUUGUUCCUAUUAUUGCUGAUGCAAGAAAGCCUCUAGAGUACAGGAUGCUCGUUGGAAUGGUCGAUGUUGUAUUUGCAGAUGUGGCAUAGCCAGAUCAAGCUAGAAUUGUGGGAUUGAACUCACAAUACUUCUUGAAGAAGGGUGGUCAUUUCAUGAUCUCCAUCAAAGCCAAUUGCAUUGAUUCCACUAAUAGAGCCGAAGUUGUCUUUUAACAUGAAGUGCAAAGAUUGAAGGAUGAAGGCCUUACACCUCAAGAAUAAUUGACUUUAGAACCUUAUGAAAGAGAUCAUGCUAUUGUUAUUGGAGUGUAUAAUGUUUGAAAAUUAAAAUAUAAAUAUUUAAUGAUUCAUUAUUAAAACUC